GUCAACCCUCCCCACGCGGUCAGGGCAGCCGUUGGGUGGACUCCGCCCCGAGAAACUCAUCCAUUGCACGGCGGCAGGAGAACUCCCAGCCCGGUUUGUAGGUUAUGGUGCCCACUUGGGCCAACGUGGCUGCUGGGAUCCCCGGAAGCAAAGUGAAAUACUCUAAGCUCUCCAGCACUGAUGGUGUACACAUUAACCUUCAGAAGGAGACUUCACCUGCUGAAGCUAGCUUUAAAAGAUGCCUGGGAGUCGUGAGAUCUCACUUGUUACGAUGUAAAGAAAGACCUGUCAAGACCCCCUAUAAGGCCAUUGCCUGUGCCACCACACAGUUUUUGAUUGGCAUCUUUCUCGUUAUCACCGGCUGCCUCCUGCUAGCAGGUUACAUCCGGAAAGUGGGCGCAAGUCGGGCCAUUUGCGUUCUGAUCGUUGGUGUCCUGGUGUUCCUGCCUGGGUUUUACCACCUGCUGAUCGCCUACAGAGCGUCCCGAGGCCACAACGGCUACUCCUACGAAGACCUUCCAGAUUGUGGUCAUUAGUUCCCAUCCAGCCAGGAGAAGAAUCAGCAGAUGCACUGAGCAGAGCUUUCAGGUGUUUAGCACAAGCUGUGGGAAAAUUUGCCUAAGAAUUGAGGAAUUUGGCAGCUUUGCACAUUCUUAGCAAAACUAUGAUCGGAUUUUUAAUUCAUCCUAAAGAUUUUAAUUGAAUUUAUAAUUAGCCAAAUCGGAAGCUAGGAGUGACCUAGUUUGAUUUUCUUGAAUGUGGUUAAAACAACAGAACUGUAGAGUGGAAGAACAGCAUGCUAAUUGCAUGGGAAAGUGAAAGUUAUUCUGCAGCGCAAAGUGUUGCUGCCUCAACUCUAUUUUGAGCAGAACAUUUCUUAUAAACAGGGCUCAUGGAUAUUUUUAUCUUGUGACAAAUGGAAAAAUGGAGUAUGCUUAAUUUCAUAUUACUGAAUUAUUUUGAAAAAUUCCAAGUAUCUUAUCUCCCACACUUACCUCUAACUUUGUAUUCUGUAGAGGACCUUGGUAUAAUCAGAUAUCAAUUCAAGAAAAAGAGAAGGAGCUCCUCAGUUGCGUUGUGCAGAGGCCCCGUGACCUUUAGAGUCAGAUUGAACUGGUUUUAUAUCCCAGAUGCAAACUUUUUACCUGUAUUACUUUGGAGAAUUAUACCUUAAUGCUCUGUGAUAGGAUUUGGGACCAUACUUCCUACUUUCAAGGUUUCAUAAGGGUCAAAUACAAUAUUUUAUAGCAAUAACAUGGCACAUAGCCAUGAAUACCAGAAUGUGUAUUUCUCACUGUCAAAUGGGGUUCUAUAGAAUACUGUACUUAAAAUCAACUAAAGUCACAAAUGAAUUGUAUUCAUUCAUUUCAUUUAACCUAGGAAAGCUGGCCAC